CGGGCUGGAAUUCCUCCCCGAAGCUCUCUUCUUUCACGCACACUCCUUAUUACUGCGAGGAAAAUGUAUACUUUCUCUGCAAGAAACUUGGCUUGAUUGGGCUUGCUGAUCCUACUGCGCUUGAUCUUUUUGUUGUGUUCAUAUCCAAUGAUGAUAAAAAGAUACCUCUAUGGAAUCAGAAAGCAAGCAAAUCAUCUGAUGGUUUGGUCAUUUGGGAUUAUCAUGUGAUCUGCAUUCAGAUUGGAAAUCAGAAAAAUGCUGAAGAAGGCUGUGCUUCUCACCUAGUUUGGGAUUUGGACUCCAGUCUUCCCUUCCCUCUUUCACUUGACCAAUAUAUUUCAGAAACUUUUCGCCCACAUUUACAACUGAAGUCUUCUUAUAAAAGGAUUUUACGGGUGAUUCAUGCUCCAAUUUUUCUCCAGCAUUUUACAUCUAAUAGAACACACAUGAGGAAUCCUGAUGGAAAUUGGAUUGCUCCACCUCCAAAUUAUGAACCAAUUAUCUCUCAAGUGUUUAAUUUGCGAAGCAUCUUUUUUUGCGCUACCGCCAUACAACAACAACAAACCUUUAUCCCACUAAUUGGGGUCAAAUGUCAUGAUUUUUCGACAAAUUUUACACUGACUGUCGACUAACUAACGCGACCCUCCACUUUUUACACCCGGGACUUGGGACACAUUGAUGGCAGCGGUAAAUCCCAAAAAUAUUCAAAAGUAAUGCCACAUACCUAUGUGGAUGGUUUUAAAACAUGUGAUCUUUGGUGUUGAUCACUUCAAACACAAUCUCCAAGGUCGGUGACACUAGAUUUAUUCCUGCAGUUAUCCUUGGUUGCUAUUUCUGAAAAUAGCAAAGAUGCAUUCUAUUCGGAAAAUCCAUGUCUAUGGCCAUACAAAACUUUCUUAUUAAUUAAAUUCAUGCCCAAAUUCAUGCCAUUUUGGUAUUCGGUUUUUCAUGCUUUGAAGUCCUGUAAAUUAUUUU